AACGUCAACAUCGCAUUAUUUUCUGUUAAUGCUUCACGUAUCCUGAGGAAGAGCUUUGAGGAUAGUUAUUGGCUGUAUUGAUUGUGGGCGGAGCUACAGACGGGCUGAUGAUCCGUGACUGACAGGUGUCAGGAGCUUCUGCUGAUUGAUCGUGAUGGAAUCACUGAUAUGUCGUGUGCUGUUCUUCACGCUGAUCAUUCAUCAUGUGUUGUCGGAGGAUCAUCGCACGGUGUUUCGGUCUCACCGGCGGGCGCAUUCACUGCUCCUGCGCUCCAGACGGGCUAAUGUGUUUCUGCUGGAGGAGAUCCUGCCGGGGAACCUGGAGCGCGAGUGUCUUGAGGAGAAGUGCAGUAAAGAAGAGGCCCGGGAAUACUUCGAAGACGACCAGAAGACAAAUGACUUCUGGACCAAAUACUAUGACGGGGAUCAGUGCAGCUCGGGUCCGUGUAAACACAGCGGAGUGUGUAAGGACGGGAUCGGCGGCUACACCUGCACCUGCUCCGACAUGUACAUCGGCGCCGACUGCCAAACCGAUAAGUCCCAGUGUCUGUCUGCCGGGCCGCUAGCAUGCGAGCACUUCUGCAGACCCGCGGCGGGCGCGUAUCGAUGCUUCUGCACGCGCGGAUUCAAGCUUCACAGCAACGGCAGGAGCUGCACGCCAAACGUUCAGAACCCGUGUGGGACGACGGAGACGUCCAGCUUCUGUCCUGAUGGACGCUGCCCGUGGGAGGUGCGGUUCGUGAACGGCAGCGGUGAUGUCAUCUGUCACGGGGUGGUGUUGGGUCGUAGGUCAGUGCUGACGUCAGCCGGGUGUAUGUCAGCACUGCCGGAGCGCCACGUCUCUCUCGCGGUCCGGGACUCGAGCUCAGCGCUGGCUGUCUCCAGCUGGACGCCUCACAAGCAUUACUCGUCCGGUCCGGAGAACGAUCUGGCGUUCCUGGAGCUGAAGGAUCCGCUUCCCGAACACAUGCCCAUCGUCCCGCUCUGCCUGCCGGAGAAAGACUUCAGCGAGAACAUCCUGAUGAGGGCUGGCCGAGGGGGCGUGGUCAUGGGCGGAGCCAGACACGCUUACCUCUCAUUGGACGACUGUCGGAACGCUCUCAACCUCACGUUCUUGAUGACCAACAAGAUGUUCUGCAUGGAGAGACAGGAGUCUGGAAGCAAGCGGAGGGAGUGUGAGGGGAAGCCCGGGAGUCCCGUGGCGACGGUGGAGGGGAAGACGGCGUUCCUGACGGGACUCUCUCUCCCGGUCGGAGGCUGUGAUGAAGGCCUCGUGUUCACCAAACUGUCCCGAUACUUGCACUGGCUCCGGCCGCUGCUGCACGCAUCCGAGAAAGAACAGUGAU